AUGUUCUACAUAAACAGACAGGGUGGAGCCCGCUCCCGCUCCUUAUGCGCAGAGGCUAUUCGCCUGUGGAACUCGUGCAUCCGCAACCAAGUCACCCUUAUAGCAUCCUACUUGCCCGGAGUGGACUCCCUCAGCCGAAACUUCACCUCGGACCACGAAUGGGAGUUACAUACGGAGGAGUAUGAGGCGAGGCUGGCCCAGCUGAAGGCAGACUAUGAAGCUGAGCAGGAGUCGCGCGCCCGACUUGAGGAGGACAUCAAUACCAUGCGAACUUCCUACAUCCUCAAGCUGUCCAGUCUGGAGGAAAACCUUAGGAAAGAAGCAGAUGCUGUCCUGAGGGUUGAAACCCUCCCUGACCAGGCACCUUUGUCUUCAGGCCUUGUUGUCACCAUCACAGAAACAGAACAAGUGUCCAACAAGGACACAGCUGAGCCUCAGAUAGCCCAGUACAUUGGGAGUGUGACCAGAGAGACUCCUGGAGCAGAAGUGGCUGUUGCUGCUGAGGAGGUGCAAGUGGCUGUAGACAAGCAGCAAGUGCUUGCCAGGCUGCACAUGCUGGAACAACAGGUAGUUGGAGGAGAACAAGCCAAAAACAAGGACCUGAAGGAAAAGCACAAACACCGGAAAAAAUAUGCAGAUGAACGGAAAAAGCAGCUGGUGGCAGCUCUACAGAAAUUUGAUGAGGACAGCAGUGACUGGGUCCUGCUCAAUGUCUAUGACUCCAUCCAAGAAGAAGUGCUAGCCAAAAGUAAGCUGCUGGAGAAAAUGCAGAAGAAGCUGAAAGCUGCUGAGACUGAAAUCAAAGACUUGCAAUCAGAGUUCGAGCUGGAGAAGAUUGAUUAUCUUGCCACCAUCCGCCGGCAAGAGCGGGACUGCUUGCUCUUUCAGCAACUUCUGGAUCAGGUGCAGCCCCUCAUACGGCGUGACUGUAACUACAGCAACCUAGAUAAGAUCAAAUGUGAGUCCAUCUGGGAUGAGGACAGUGGCUGCUGGAAACUCCCAGAGCUUGUCAUUCAGAAAACCAGCCUCCCUGCAGCAGUUCCAUCCCUGCCACAGACUAAGCCAGCCAGGAAGAGCUCUUCAGGCGAGGAUGGAGAGCUGCUGAUGGAAGAAGACCGCUACAAACUAAUGCUGAGCAGGAGUGACAGUGAGAAUAUUGCCAGUAACUAUUUCCGGUCCAAGCGAGCCAGCCAGAUCCUCAGUGCUGACCCUAUGAAGAGUCUUGAUAGAGGCUUUGACCUCACCUUCAGGACUGCUGAUGACCCUGGCUUGUCUCUCAUAAAAUAUGGAGAAUUUCUGUAUGACAACUUGAUCAUUUUCUCCCCUUCUGUAGAAGAUUUUGGCGGAAACAUCAAUGUGGAGACAAUUACUGCUUUCAUCGAUGGAGGUGGAAGUGUCCUUGUGGCUGCCAGUUCUGACAUUGGUGAUCCUCUGCGAGAGCUGGGCAGUGAGUGUGGGAUAGAGUUUGAUGAAGACCGAACAGCAGUCAUUGACCAUCACAACUAUGACGUCUCAGACCCAGGCCAGCACACGCUCAUUGUUGCAGACUCUGAAAAUCUGUUGAAGGCUCCCACCAUUGUUGGGAGAACUCCGGUAAACCCUGUUCUCUUCUGCGGAGUCGGGAUGGUAGCUGAUCCUGAUAACCCUCUGGUACUAGAUAUCUUGACUGGCUCCUCUACAUCUUAUUCCUUCUUCCCAGAUAAACCCAUUUCGCAGUACCCUCAUGCUGUUGGGAAGAAUACCCUUUUGAUUGCUGGUCUCCAGGCCAGAAACAAUGCCCGUGUCGUUUUCAGCGGCUCUUUGGAUUUCUUCAGUGAUGCUUUCUUCAACUCUGCUGUGCAGAAAGCUACACCUGGCUCUCAAAGGUACUCUCAGACUGGUAACUAUGAGCUUGCUGUUGCCUUGUCCCGCUGGGUAUUCAAAGAAGAGGGUGUACUGCGGGUUGGAGAGGUAUCUCACCAUCGUGUUGGGGAGACGUCCCCACCUAAUGCCUACACUGUCACCGACCUGGUCGAGUACAGCAUUGUGAUUGAAAAGCUCUCUGAUGGGAAGUGGAUCCCCUUUGAUGGAGAUGAUAUUCAGCUGGAAUUUGUCCGCAUUGAUCCAUUUGUAAGGACUUUUCUGAAAAAAAAUGGUGGCAGAUAUAGUGUGCAGUUCAAACUGCCGGAUGUAUAUGGAGUGUUUCAGUUUAAAGUGGAUUACAACAGGCUGGGAUACACUCAUCUGUACUCCUCUACCCAGGUGUCUGUACGUCCCCUCCAACACACACAGUAUGAGCGUUUUAUCCCCUCAGCAUAUCCAUAUUAUGCCAGUGCCUUCUCCAUGAUGAUAGGCCUCUUCAUGUUCAGCAUAGUCUUCUUGCACAUGAAAGAGAAGGAGAUCCCCAUCACAUGUUGAAAUUGGCAGCACUCGGGGCACAGAUUAUAAAUAUUUUGAGGACUGGAAUCCUCUGCUGGUAGAAGUCAGAUGAGUUGUAGGGGUUUUAAGACUAGAGUGGGAGACAAAUUGAAAACUUGUGUCUAAGAAGAAGCCGCUGAUGAACAGGAGACCAAAAUAGACAGCAGUACAAUGGCAAUUCCGAUAUUGGUGUUUCAUGGGGGAGAGAAAAUCAGAACAAUUUUUAUUAUUUCCAUUCCUCAUCAGAGAGGCUCUUUUCCAGAAUAAAGAUUUGUUCCUCUCAC